AUGGCAGACGGGUCUGCACCAGUACUUGGUACGACACUUGAUCUGGCUGCCUCCUUCAUGAACCAUUCAUGCAACCCUGGGGCUUUUGUGUUUUUUGAGGGAAGGCAGAUGCGAGUUCGAGCUUUGCUUUCACUACCUGCUGGCGAAGAGAUCACCCAGGCGUAUGUGGAUCUAUCUGGGUCUGUCUUCUCCCGACAAGCAACUACCGAGGCAGAAUAUUUCUUCCAGUGUCACUGCGUUAGGUGCGAGGAUGAUUUGGAAGAUCUUCAACAAAUAGCGAGGGGAGGAGUUGACUUGGUGCAGCUUCGAAGUGCACAGGAACGCUUAUUGGACCUUGCGAAUCACGCCAGACACCAAUACAAUACAACUGGUGUUUUUCCAGAGCUCGCCGAUCUCGAUGUAGAAGCCAGAACAAUUAUUCGUGACACAUUCGUCAACGGUGCGUGGCCGGCUGGCAUGUCGCCAAUGCCUCUAGUCCUCAGUACAUUUGCUCAGAUUUGCAAAGAUAAGGGUGACAGUCCCGGAGGGCUGCGCUAUUCUCUGGAGGCCACACUGUCCUUACGGGAACGCAUAGGCAGCGUCUGGGUUCAUAUGUUGUUUGAUACAGUUCAAAGCCUGGUUUUUUUCAUCCAGUCCAACGCAUACGACAUACACGGGGACGACACCAACCUCUCACAAGAUGUCUGCUGGAACGUUCUCCAUGGCUCUUUGGGCAUGUUGAAGCGAGCAGCGACCCACGUCUAUGGAGCUGACUCCGCUUAUACGCAGUCAAUUAGUAACUGGUAUUCGAGAGCCAUCGGUUCUGCCCAGCCACCUCUUCCGGGAGCUAGGAGAUUUCUGCUUGUCUAUGAGAGGUCCCAAGCAAAGAUGCUCAGAUGGGCAGGUAUCGAGGAUAGUAGAGGCGUCAGUCUCUCAACGUGA